AAAAGUAAAAAAGAAGAGUCUUUUGUUCUCCUCUCCCUCGCUUUUUUUUCUUUCCUUUUUCAUCUAAACAUCACAGGCCAUUAAAUCCAACUUUUAGCCUUUUAGCCCUCCCUACCCACCGCUUCCGCCACCCCCCGGGAAAACUUCUUCCGCCGCCAUCCAAGAAGUUUCCCGGGUCGCCGUUUGCCCCAUAUUGCUAUUUCCCUCUUUCCACUUUCGCGGAUUUCUGGAUAUAAUAUUACUCUGAAAUUGCAUUAUAUAAUACCUUUUUUGAAUUUGAGCUCUUGAAAUUGUCAAUGAUGACUCUUCUCUUCCUCUCCUACUUUACUCUCAGAUAGUUGUUGUGGUUAUUAGGGGAGAUGGAAGAAACAGGGCAGCUUAAACGAGCUUUUAUAGAUGCUACGGCUGGUGCAAUUUCUGGCGGUAUAUCUAGGACUGUGACGUCGCCUCUUGAUGUUAUUAAAAUCAGAUUCCAGGUUCAACUGGAACCCACAACCCACUGGGCCUUGCUUACAACAAGAGCUGUAUAUGGCAAUUCAAAAUAUACGGGGAUGCUGCAAGCCAGUAAAGACAUACUCAGAGAAGAAGGUUUUCCGGGAUUUUGGCGGGGUAACGUUCCUGCUUUACUGAUGGUUAUGCCAUAUACUGCCAUACAGUUUGCAGUGUUACACAAAUUGAAAACUUUUGCUAGUGGCUCUUCAAAGUCAGAGGAUCACGUUAACUUGAGCCCUUAUCUUUCUUAUAUCAGUGGAGCAUUAGCAGGCUGUGCAGCUACUGUUGGUUCUUAUCCGUUUGAUCUCUUGAGAACCAUUUUAGCUUCUCAAGGAGAGCCAAAGGUUUAUCCAAACAUGAGGGCUGCAUUUGUUGAUAUAUUCAGGACUCGUGGCAUUCGAGGACUGUAUUCUGGAUUGACACCUACUCUUGUUGAGAUUAUUCCUUAUGCUGGUCUGCAAUUUGGAACGUAUGAUACAUUCAAACGCUGGUUGAUGGCCUGGAAUCUUAGAUCUUCUAAUGCGAUCCAUGGUGAUGAACAUCUGUCAAGCUUCCAGCUUUUCAUCUGUGGUUUAGCUGCUGGGACAUGUGCAAAAGCUGUUUGUCAUCCUCUCGAUGUUGUUAAGAAGAGGUUCCAGAUCGAAGGACUACAGAGGCAUCCAAGAUAUGGAGCUCGACUUGAGCCUCGUGCCUACAGGAAUAUGUACGAUGGCUUGCGUAGGAUCUUGCUUGAGGAAGGUUGGGCUGGACUUUACAAAGGGAUCGUCCCCUCAAUUGUUAAAGCUGCACCUGCUGGUGCUGUAACAUUUGUUGCUUAUGAAUAUACGUCAGACUGGUUGGAGUCCAUAUUGAUCUGAAGCUGCAUAGCUCUUUUCUUACUUCCUCCUCGAUAGUGGCGAUAAUUUUGAGUUUUUGUUGGUUUUUGGGUCAUUCUUUUUCUCCAUGUAUCUUAAGAAGCCCCAACAGAAGUGAAAAAUGGGGCAGUGUUUAUAUUGUUCAAAUAGACCAACUAGUUUCAGGGCAUAAUUUACAGUUCUUGUAACAAAAGGGAAUGUUAUAGGUUUCAUUCGGUUGGAUGGCGUUAUCUUGUCUCUACAAGACACUCAGCUCCUUUCUAUAGUGAUCACGCUUCUUUGUGUCUUUGGCAAUAUCAGAGGUUUCAUGUAA